GUGCCAUGGACUGGCGGUAGGCGUGGUUGUCUCACUCAGUCUGGUCCCGGAGCUCGGACCGGAGCGGGCAGGGGAGGAUGCUGCCCGGCCGGAGAAACGUGUAUGUGGUGCUGGACGUGCUAUGCGUAUGCGUCGCGUCCAUGCCAUUUAUUAUUAUGACACUAGUGAACAGACCAUACAAACGUGGAUUCUACUGCGAUGAUGAGUCUAUUAGAUACCCUUACCGAGAUGACACUAUCACUCAUGGUCUGAUGGCUGGAGUCACUAUUUCCUGCACAGUUAUCAUUAUUACUUCUGGUGAGAUGUACAUGGUGUUCUCCAAACGACUCUACUCCCGCUCUGAGUGUAACAACUAUGUAGCUGCACUGUACAAAGUGAUUGGAACGUUUCUGUUUGGCGCCUCAGUCAGCCAGUCCUUCACUGAUCUCGCGAAGUACAUGGUAGGACGUCCACGGCCCAACUUUUUGACUGUCUGCGACCCAGACUGGUCGACUGUGAACUGCUCUGGAUAUGUGACGGAAUUUGAAUGCCGUGGACGUCAUGCAAACGUAACUGAGUCCAGGCUCUCAUUCUACUCGGGGCACUCCUCAUUUGGAAUGUAUUGCAUGCUCUUCCUCGCAUUAUACAUACAGGCGCGGCUGUGUGGUAAAUGGGCUCGUCUGCUGCGUCCCACCAUUCAAUUCUUCCUGUUGUCGUUUGCGCUAUAUGUUGGAUAUACACGAGUCUCGGAUUACAAGCACCACUGGAGUGAUGUUCUUGUGGGAUUUUUGCAAGGUGCUCUUGUGGCUGUGCUCACUGUUCACUAUGUCUCAGAUUUUUUCAAAGUCCGACCCCCUCAGCCAUGUACUAAAGAUCCUCUCGAGAGCAAACCAAGCCUCCAGCUCUGUGAGUCCGACCAAAAUCACUUUGGAUACCUGGCAGGAUCAUGAUACUUCUCUGUGCCCCACUCAGCUCCACCAACCACAUUGCUAAGGUCUCUAAAAUUGGAGGCCUUUAUCCAUGUUAGCUGGCCGCUCCAAGGGGGCUUGUGGACUGAUUAUGCGAGUUUCCAGUUUGAAGCACGCUUGGACUUUUUUUUUUUUUUAAACAAAAAAAAAAGAUUUUGUGAUAAUUUUGUUUUCAGCACAAAAGCCAAAUAACUUUUUAUAUAAAUAUAACUAUAGAGGGAUAUCAAGGAAAAUAGGUAUCUCUAUAUAUGAAAUGUGUGACCGAUUGGGUGCGUGUUGUCUUUGCAUUUGUGUGAGGAUGUUAGGAGUGUGUGGUUUGUAUUUUGAAUUGUGUGUUGCGGCUGUCUGCUGGCCUGUGGUUGGCAUUGGCUGGGUACCCUCGGUGGGUUGAGAGGGCAGGUUCUGCAUUGUAGUCACUACUUCAGUCUGACUGCCCGAGGAGGAAGUACGGAGAGAAUGCAACAGAACUAUUGUCCUCGUAUUAGUGUCGUAUGCCUGUGAUUUCUGUUUUAAACCACUGCUUUCCAUCUCAAAGGGAAAACUAGAACCUUUGGGGAGAGUUUAAAGGAUAAGAACUGCUUUAACACUCAUGUAUAUAUGAAAUGUCUUUAUUGGUUUUGUUGUGUAUGUAUCCUAACUUGAGUCUGUGGGCUGUAAAUAAAGCAAUCAUCCCAUCCUCACUUGGCAAUGUAUGGGUUAAAUAUUUCCCGCA